UAUACUUCUAACCAAUCCAUUGGAUUAUACUCGUACCAAUAAACAGGAAGCCAGCUCUAACAGAGGCAUCAAUGGAGGAAAGCCGAAGUUUUCAGCACUCAAUUGCAGCCAUAUUCAUAGCUCUUUUGCUUCUGAUUAGGCCAGUUUGCGGCCAGAACGACAACAACAACAACAACAACAACAACAACAACAACAACUCGUUAUGCUCGGCUUCGAUGCUUCAAAGCUUCAACAAUUGUUUAGGUUUCAUUUCUGGUGGUGGAUCAGGAGGUUCACCAACUAGACAAUGCUGUGACUCACUUAAGGAUGUCAUGAGCGAUGGCAGAGAUUGUUUGUGCCUCAUUAUCACCGGAGGAGUCGGUUUUCAGAUACCGAUAAACAGAACUCUCGCAGCUUCCCUUCCUCGUGCUUGUAAGACGUCCGGCGUGCCAAUUGAAUGCAAAGCCAGUCCUGGUUCUCCGAUUCCAGCACCAGGGCCAACUAUUUUGAAUCCACCUCCACCUUCUUGGCUACCGGAGCCAACUCCACCGGCUUUUACACCACCGGGAAAUGAUGGAUCAGGGGAUGGAUCAGGGGCAGGGGAUGGUGGAAGUGGAACAUUACCAACUCCAGGAUUUACACCACCGGAUAAUACUGGUGGAUUUCCAGCCAUGACACCUCCAGGAGUCCGGCCGGAUUUAUCAACUGCCACAACUUCUCGAAGAUUUUCAGGCCUGAAUUUGAUAGUUUUACUCGGAGCUAUUGCUUUCAAAUACUUUUGAUGAGCUUUUCUUUGAGUAGAUAUGCAGAUUAUAGGUUUUCCCAUGUACAAAUGCUUUAUUUAUCAUUUUUUUUUUUUAAUAUUUGUUCAGACAUAUUUUUGGAUCAUGUAUGAUUCUUGGAAUCAAAAUAAGCAUUUUGGAG